GCUUUGAAUUCCCGUCAAUAUGGCGGAGCUACUUGAAUAAAACUUAUAACACAAUCUAAAUAAAUUAUUUUAAUUCAAUUGUAUAUGAAUUAACAAUGAACUGGUCAGAUGUGACUUCUGUAAUAAGAAUAUUUUGGCCUAGCUUCCAUUUCUAUGAAGUCAGUAACUGAAUUGAAAUAAAUUCUCUGAAAUGACGAACGAAAGUGUAGCAAUUAAACAAGAAGUCCAAGAUGAUGACAUGGAAAUUGAUGAAGAUUUGCCUACCCUUGGGCCUGCAGCUUUGGGACUUCAAAGAGUUGGAACACAACCUCCUCCCAAACCAACUCCAAGUCAACCAGCUCAAGUGUUGAAUGCUAGAGGGAUGCCUGCAAGGAUAAGAAAAAAGAACAAACUAUUUUUUGAUGAUGAUAUAGUGAAUACACCUCAUCACAGAGUAUCAAGUGCAAAAAAACAGAGACCUAGUCCAACUAAAAAACAUACACCAGUAAAAGUCAAGGUGGAAAAGAAUGACUAUCUAAAAGUAACGCCAAAAAAGACUCCAAUCAAAGUAAAGAACUCUCAACCAGCUAACUCUCCACCACCAUUAAAUUCUCCAGAUAGAAAAAUUGGCCAAAAAAUAGGUUUGAGGCUGAGAAAUCUCUUGAAGUUGCCAAAAGCACACAAAUGGGUGUGCUAUGAAUGGUUUUACAGCAACAUAGACAGAUGUCUUUUUGAUGGUGAAAAUGAUUUUCAAAUCUGCCUCAAGGAAUCCUUUCCAGACCUCAAAACUCGUGAGCUGAGUAGAACAGAGUGGACAAAAAUUCGCAGAAUGAUGGGUAAGCCGCGCAGGUGUUCUCAAGCCUUCUUCAAUGAAGAAAGACUAGAGCUGGAGAAGAAAAGAAAGAAGCUGAGAGCAUUGCAGCAAAGAAAAGCCUCAGACAUGGCUAGCUUCAAAGAUUUGCCAACAGAAAUACCUAUGCAGCUAGUCAUUGGAACUAAAGUAACUGCCAGGCUGAGGAAACCCCAAGAUGGGUUGUUUACAGGAAGCAUUGAUGCUGUUGACACAUCGAAUAAUACCUACAGGAUAACUUUUGAAAGAUAUGGCCUGGGGACUCACUCUGUACCUGACUAUGAGGUUCUCUCAAAUGAACCCCCUGAAACAAUAUCACUGACUAGUUUUCAAGCUAAGUUUCGACCCAGGGUGAGCACUCCAUUUUCACCUGCAAUCAAGAGCCCUAUUCUGAAUAAUUUGAAGCUGAGAAAGGAUCCACUGUUGUCAGGAUCCAUGUUAAACAAACCAAUGUUUAUGCAAAAUGCAGAAGAAGGCAAGAUAGGAGGAUUCCCAGCCAAGUUAUUAGAAAGAAUGGUUCUGGUGACUAAAAUACUGAAUGUGAAGAAAGCCAAAAUUGAUUCUUUGAAAUCCAUGAACUCUGAGGCUGAAAAGCUCAUCUCUUUUGAUGAAGAUAUCCCUGAGGACUUUGAGAGGAAGUAUGCAAGCAUCCUCAUAGACCUGGAAAAGUUGAAUUCAGACCUGCAGAUGUACUUGGACGAGAUGCAAACUUACUGCCAGCAAAUUGCUCCAGAACCUAGUGUAGCUGCCAUGUUGGCACCUUCUCAUCUAAGGGAAAAGUGCAGGGAAGAAGCCACAGAAAUCGUUGAAAGGCACAACUCUGUCAUUUCAACAGACAGGAGUGCCUGCCAGAACCCCUCAGUAAUCGAUCUGAUCACUGAUCUAACUGCGCUUCUGCUACAAGUGAAGUGCAUGUCAGACUCCAAUCAGAAUGCUUAUGAGCUGCAGGUGCUGCAGGGCACCAUGGAGCAAAUAAAGAGGAAGCUGAGCUCCAAGAAUCAGCUGGUGUUCCAGGGGAAUGUGGAAGUGCAUUUGAAACAUAUAGAGGUGGGGUUGAAUCACUUGAACAUUGACAAGUACUUGAUAGGAUCAUUGGAUAAAAUGUGAUUUGGGAGUUGCUCACAUUGGGAUAAAGUGACAUUUUAUACAUGGAGUAUAUCCCACUUUAGGUCAUACUUCCAUCCUUGUAGCUUUCCUCUUUUUUUUUCCAAACUCAUACCUACUUACCUAUCUUUUGAAAAGAAGUUUCACUUCCACCAUUAGGUAAACAAUGUUGAUGAAUUAUGUGGCCAAAGUUCCAAGGACAAUUCUGAGAUGAAAGGUUCAUGCAAACAUGGGUUUGAACUUGCAUAGUUUUCAAGAUAUACAGCUGUUAAACUUGGAAAAAAAAAACGGUUUUCCAUAAAAAUAUAUAUACAGGGUGUCCGCUAAAAGGAGGUCAAUCCAUUAACCAUAUAUUCCUUGAACAAAAAUAAUAUGAGUUUCUAAAUACCAUUUUUCAUUUUAGCCCUUCUUAUUCAAUAUACAGGGUGUCAAAGUUGGAAAUUAAAAACUGUUUUUUUCUAAUUACUAGCAUAAUUAAUAAGAUAUUAAUCUAAAUUGGUACACUACUUCAGCACAAAGAGUUACAUCAUGUGAGGAAAACAAAACAGAAAAUAACUGUGAAAUAUUCAAAAUACUGGGGGUCAAGUACACACUUACCCCCAUAUUUUUUUUGUACGUGCGCUAAUGACUUCCUAUCUAUUUUUCUUCAAGUGUUCAAUCAUUUUUGAGUAUUUUUUGAUUUUUGUAAAAUUCCGAUAAACUUAUUUGUUUUUAAGAUA